UCACCCAUCUCCACAUUUCAGACCAUCUUGCCCCCAUCCCAUAAAUACCCCUGGGUCCCUAUUUUCAGGGAAGCGGAUUUGAGGUUCAUGCUCCUGCUUCCUCACGUGGCUGCCCUGUGAUUAAACCCUCUCUCUGCUGCAAUCUCAUCAUCUCAGUGUUUGGCUUUCAGGGCAGCGGGCAAAGACGAACCUGGUGUGGUAACAGCAUUCCACUGGUGGGCUGCUUUUGGGAGCGCCCGAAGACGCUGGAAGCUGGAGCCCACUGCAACACUGGAGCGACUCAGACAGGAACAGGAAAAACAGAAAGGAGGUCCUUCCUCCCCUCCUCCCCCUCUUCAAUUUCUCUCUAAUGCCUCCUUUUGGCAAAACCUAAAAGGAUCUGGCAAGGGAUGUGGGAAAUGUAGUUUGCAGAGUCCCCACCCCAGCUCCGUUAGGCAGCAAAUAUUAGGGUGGAUCCACGAGCAGCAUAUAGAAGGGUGAGACAAAAGGGCACAGGCCCCUUGGGAAAUGACUCACCUGGGUUUUAUCUCCGGUCCCUCUCUCUGUGCUCAUGACCCUCUGUGUUCCCCUCACGAGAAUCAUUCAUUCCUCGUGCUUCUGGGCUCCCCUGGGUACGAUCUGCCUCAUGGUCACUGGGAUGCUCUUGUCAUAAGUGGCCCACUCACACGCGCUCUCUCACAGCCUAUUCACCUCCUGGUUUUGGAAGAAGAUUCUAUCAAGCCCCGCCAACUUGCCAGUAACUCCAGAUGGCAAAAUGACCUGCGCCAAACGGGAAGUGAAACGUUAUUCCCGCCAUACCUACAGGAUACAAUGAGACUGAACUUGCCCUUUGGAGAAUCCUCAUAUAAUAACUUCCUGACUUCCUGUCACCAGAAUGUCAUGUCGCACACAGCUAUGGCUUCCCUCGUCCCGCUGAGCCUUUGUAUUAUGGUCAUUCUAGCCACAGGAUACGGCCACCCUGUAGCCAAGAGCAGUAGGAAUGUGCUGACCAGCCUUGGGUUCAUCUGGAGGGGAGAUGCUCAUCUGGUUCUCCUCCAGGACGUGCGCUGGGUUUGCUCCUUCAGGAAGGAGACUGAGGUCAUAAACCCAGUGGCUUUCCAGUCCACCUGCUUCUCACGUGCGCCAAUUCCAUCUUUCCUACUCCUCAUUCUGUCCCGCUCCCCCCCGCUCUGUGUUGCAGCAGACCGCCCUGGAGAUCCAGAAACCAGAGAUGCCAGGGAGCGGGUGGCGCCACUCAGAGCACCACAGCCAGCUUCACACGUAGAUCUCUGGGGGAGUUCACCAGAUGAGCAGUCUGGGAACCGACUCCAGUAUCUGAAAAGUCUCCGCAAGGACACAGCUUCCCACCAGCAGAAGUGGAGAGACCCCAGUCCUGCCACAUCCAUGAGGGAGACCCAAGGAAAAGCAGGAAGUGAUGGGAACAGCAGGAAACACCACAGCAGAGCCAUGACCCCCCAGCCCGCCCAUCCACCACCCGUCUCAGCAGCCAGCCAAGGGCUCUUGUAGGCGGCUAUGACGAGCAAAAGCUGAGGUUCCAGGGCACCAGGGGCCUCGUUUCAGCACUGAGACCCUCUGCCCAGAAGACGUGUUCUUCUUCCAGACUGCCAAGCACCUGCAGGAGCCGUUACCGUCAACAGACACUCAUUGGUCCUUUGGUUUUUCUCUGAUGCCUCCACUGGAAGCGGCCAGGUAGACUCUGCUCUGGGUUUGUUAUGAAAACAGUUGUAGAAACCUCCACGCAACAAAUUCCAUUCAGAAUUCAGUGCCAGAGAAAGUCUGUUCUUGCCUCAAGAAGGUGUGCUUCUGCUCUGUUAAUAAAAAGAAGGAUGAGAUACCCGUCUUUGCUCUCCCUGGGGUAGACUGAACCGGGAGUAAUGACAGAAUGGGAGGGACUCCAGCACCAGCUUCACGGUCUAUUCAGAGUCCCCGGGCAGGGUCUCCUUCUGUGCUUGUGAACAGAGCCCCCCAUCACCAUCACUGCCUCUUCCGUUGAGGUUGGCUCCAGGCUCUGUGCAGGACAAAUGAUUACGGGGAAUACUAAAGCACAAAGAACCUCGGCAUCAGCAGGGUGUGAAAAGGGGAGGAGAGAGGCUCCCAUUAUCGGUGCUCCCUGUUUGUUGGCUUAGCCAUUAACCAAACAAACCACGCAUGAGUGCGUGAGCGAACCGAAGAACGGACACAUGAGUCUGUAUCGGUAAGGCCAAUUUUCUCCAAGCUUACGCUCUGCCUGGGGUGGAAUGACAUACUUCCUGCCCCGGUUUAGCCACCUCAGGCCACCCAAGGCUCCACCAUGCGCUCAACGCUGGUCGUUUAGGCCCUUGGCCCCAUUGCCCCUCCUCCAUGCUCUGUCCUGUGUGGCAGGAGGCUGGGACGUUGCCCACUGCGCUUAGAU